AUGCCGCUGCACUUGGCCAUGUUGUUAGAUCAAAAGGAUGGAGCAGAUGUCACGUUCAAUGUUGGAGGGGAGAUCAUUGUAGCGCACAAGAUCAUUCUUGCGGCGCGAUCACCCGUGUUCCAGGCACUGUUUUAUGGGCAAAUGAGUGAGACGAGGAUGGGUCAUGUAACCAUUGAAGACAUGCAGCCAGUUAUUUUCAAGGCCCUCCUGCGUUUCAUCUAUACUGGCUCGCUGCAUGGCAUGGGCGAUGAUCCUGAUGGGGAUGUUAACAGGGAUAUGCUCUGGCAUUUACUUGCCGCUGCUGAUAGAUAUGCCAUUGAUAGGCUAAAGUUGAUAUGUCAGAGCAUCCUAAGCAAGAAUCUUCACGUGGAGACCGUGGCAACUACAUUAGCUUUAGCUGAUCAGCAUAACUGUGACAAGCUUAAGGAGAUUUGCAUUGAAUUCAUCACGACGGAUAACAUGAAUGAUGUGGUGGCAACCAAGGUUCACAAUUUCGGCGGAAUUUCGGCGAAAUUCCGGACAAUGCCGGACAUAGUGUGGGAGCAUGGCCAAAAGAUCAGGGGUGGUUUCAAAUGCAAGUAUUGCAGGGAGGAGAAGAGUGGGGGAGGAGCAACAAGGUUCAAAGAGCAUUUGGCACAUAGGGGGAAAGAUGUGAAGGACUGCCCUUCGGUUCCAGCCGAAGUUAAGGCCUUCUUUAGUGAGCAGUUGGACAGGAACAAGGCUAGAGCUAAAGCAAGGGCCCGAGAAAAGCUGCUGAGGGACCAAUCUGCAAGGGGGCCGCACAUUGAUCUAGAGAAAGAGGAAGGCCAGGGGCUCGACGAGGAUGCAGAACUACAAGCGGCCUUACACCAGUCCCGCCAAGAGUAUGAAUUUAUGCAGCAAGCUGGGCCACGAUAUGAUAGGGGUGGCGGAUCGGGAUGUAGUAGUCGUCCUGAUCGAGGGAGUGGUGGUGUAGGAGCAGGUGGUGGUGUUGGAGGCAGUGGUGGACCGCUGCCUUCGAUGUUCAGAAGGAGCCAGUCACAAGUCCCCGAGAGGGUUAGGGACUACCAUCUAGGGUUGAGCAGUGGUCCACGUCAGCAAAGGAUUGAUACCGGCCCAUGGACUGUCAAGGGGAGGACAUCAAGAGAGCUUCUAGGGAGGGCAUGGGCGAAGGCGUGCCAUGCUGUCGGUAUUCCCGGCCGGAAAGUCGAUGACCCAUACUUUAAAGCUGCGAUCGUGGAGACCCAGAAACAAGGUGUUGGAAUCAAAAUACCAUCAGGGAGGGAGAUAGAUGGAAAAUAUUUGGAUGAGAAUGUGAAGGAGAUAGGGAAAGAGAUAGAGAAGUGGAAGAACGAGUGGGAUGAAUGUGGAGUCACGAUCAUGUGUGAUUCGUGGACGGGGCCUAUGCGUAACUCGGUCAUUAAUUUCUUGGUGUAUAGCGGUGGCACCAUGUAUUUCUUGAAGUCCAUCAAUGCGUCCGACAAAAUACAGGACCAUCAAUACUUGUUGAAGGAGAUACGAGCAGUGGUCAUGAAAGUGGAGCCUCACAAUGUGAUUCAGCUUGUCACGGAUAAUGGUUCGAACUACAAAAAAGCCUGCAAAAUUAUCUGUCAUGAGUUCCCUACCAUUGCAUGGCAGCCUUGCCUUGCCCAUACCAUCAACCUUAUGCUGAAGGACAUAGGGAAGUGGCCGGAGCAUGAUGCUUGUAUUCGAAGCGCGCAACGAAUUUGCAGCUGGCUCUACAACUCCAACAGUUUACACAGCAUGAUGAGGGAAGCCAUCGGUGGAGAGUUGGUCAAGUGGAAUGUAACAAGAUUUGGGACCAACUACAUGUUCCUUGAAAGCAUGUAUAGGAAGAAGGACCAGUUCAUGACAUGGUUAGUGUCACCUGAGUUCCGACGGUCCCGCCACUUCAAAAGUGAAACUGGAAGGUACAUUUACGAAUGCAUCACAAGUCUUCAAUGGUGGGCGAAUAUGGAGUAUGUGAUCAAUGAUGUUGAGCCUCUGUACAUGUUUUUGAGAUUUGCUGACACAGACAAGACACCUAAUUUGAGUGAGGUGACAAUGGAGUAUCAAAACAUGAGGCAAACAUAUGCCAGCAAGUUCAGCAGUGACUACCCCCGGUUUGAAAAGAUCAUGGCUGUGAUAGAUGCAAGGAUGAACACAGUGAUGUCAUCAGCAAUUCAAAAUUGGAUGAAGCUUUUAAGAUGUUCACUGACAUAG